AUGCCUGAAAUAACAUGGGGAAUCAAGACUGCUUUGAGCGACGUUGGCCUCCUCCUCAUAUUCCUCCAUACUCCCUCGCCAGUCGUCCAGCCGGAAUCAUCCCCUUCUCCGCCCAACGAAUACUUGAGACUGGAGGGCGUAGAAUUCUUCAAAGCCGCGGGCCCCGUCGGACUGGGCUCGAGUGACAUAGAGGAAAGACGGCACCGGCCACCACGGACGGCUCAGCAAACGCUUCGUCACAAAGGAAGCCAGCCCAUUUCCCUCAUCUGCAACAACAUUGGGCGUCCAGUGGUGUGCAUUCCCGAGACAUAUUCUACCACCCCUCCCCCAGAGACCGUCGUUUUCCUCUUCUCGCGUCCCGGCUUCCCAUUCUUGCCUCUCCUCCAGUCCGUUUCUUCGUUUCUGCUCCUCCUUCCCGCCCCUCCCUUUGCUUACUUCUCAGACGCCAUCUCCUCCUACCUGCCACCCACUCCCUCCUGGAUGCAAGAUACCCGUUCGCUGUUGGGCUUCUUCUCUCUGUUCGUCACCGCCGCCGCCGCCGCCGCCGCCGCAGCAGCAGCAGCAGCAGCAGCAUCAUAA